UCAGCUGCGGGGCUUUGGCUGUGGCUCCCCCGGGCGAGACCAUUGUGACUCCUCGGGAGGGGUGCGUCAGAGGGGAGGGGGCGGAGCGGCCAUUGUCCGGUCAGCCCAGCCUCCGGGGGAGGGGAGGGUGUUCCGGGGGCCCGGGGCUUCACAGCGGCCGCUGCUUCGCCAGAGCCGGCGGGGGCCUCCGGUGCUGCCCAGCGCCGCCGCACGGGACAUCGCUCUGGCCGCGAGCGGCGGUGGGAGCUGCUGAGGGCGCCGGGUCGGCCCUCCUCCCCCGUGGUCCUCGCUUCACCCGCUCGCCCCUCCUCCUCGGCGGCCCUCCCUCUCCUCGCCCUGCCUCCCUCGGCCCCCUCCCCCCGUCUCCGCAGGUUGAGUGGUGCGGCCCGCCUCCAGCUGACCGGCCUGGAAUCCCGGCUCGGAGCCCCGGACUCGCGCCCGCCCGCGCGCCCGCUCCCUCCCCCUCCCCCCGCCCCGAGCCCCCCGGACGCCGCCGCCGCUGCCGCCGCUUCCUUCGAGCGGGGCCCAGGCCCAGGCCCAGCCGCCGCCGCCGCCGCCGCCGCCGCCGCCGCCGCCGCCGAGCUCCGCCGCCGCCGAGCACCAUGGGAGACGCCGGGAGCGAGCGCAGCAAAGCGCCCAGCCUGCCGCCUCGCUGUCCCUGCGGCUUCUGGGGGUCCAGUAAGACUAUGAACCUCUGUUCCAAAUGCUUUGCUGAUUUUCAAAAGAAACAACCAGACGAUGAUUCCGCUCCAAGUACAAGUAACAGCCAAUCAGAUUUGUUUUCCGAAGAGACCACCAGUGACAACAACAAUACCUCGAUAACCACACCAACUCUUAGUCCCAACCAACAGCCGCUUCCGACAGAACUGAAUGUAACUUCGCCAAGUAAAGAGGAGUGUGGGCCAUGCACAGACACAGCUCAUGUCUCGUUAAUCACACCAACCAAAAGAUCCUGUGGUACAGAUUCACAGUCUGAAAAUGAGGCAUCACCAGUGAAACGGCCACGACUACUGGAGAAUACUGAACGGUCUGAGGAAACGAACCGAUCUAAACAGAAGAGUCGACGUCGAUGCUUCCAGUGCCAAACCAAACUGGAGCUGGUGCAGCAGGAAUUGGGAUCAUGCCGCUGUGGUUAUGUGUUCUGUAUGUUACACCGCCUCCCCGAGCAGCAUGACUGUACAUUUGACCACAUGGGCCGCGGCCGAGAGGAAGCCAUCAUGAAAAUGGUGAAACUGGACCGGAAAGUGGGGCGCUCCUGCCAGCGCAUCGGGGAGGGGUGCUCCUGAAGGCCAGGCAUGGCUGCCACAUGACGCUGUUCUUAGUUCACUAAUGUUAGCCUUAUUUAGGACAAAGUCAGCCAGACACCUUGUACUGGGCACGCGUCAGACUACAGCCAGUCCGUUUCCUUUCUUUAGCCAGCCAUCCUGGUACUGUAGUUUAGGGGUUGAUGGUGGUUGAAAUUGAUUUCUGGCUGGUUACUAAGGUGCCUGCUAGCCAUUGUAUAAAAUUAAAACAUGAAGAAUA